CGCCCGCCCGCCCGGCCCGGCUGGUGCGUGCGAGGGAGAAGAUGGCGGCGGCGGGGGCGGCGGCGUGAGGGGCCGGGACCGCCGAGCUCCCCGGGGACGCGGGGCGCCAUGGCCCUGCACGGCGCGCAGUAUAUUUUUGGGGAGUUCAGCCCUGAUGAAUUUAAUCAGUUCUUUGUGACUCCACGAUGCUCUGUUGAGCUCCCCCCAUACAAUGAAACAGUUUCAUGUGGUAUUAAAUCCACAGGGGAAGAGUACCAGAGAAUUGAAUUUGGUGUUAAUGAAGUUAUUGAGACUCAGUCGUCUGUCCUAAAUAACACCGACUACAGUAUUUCGAGUACUCUGAAUCCUCAGGCUCCAGAAUUCAUUCUCAGCUGUGCACCUGCUCAGAAAAGCCCAGAUGAUGCUCUCAGCGACACCAACUACAACUCCAUUGACUGCCAGUUCAGUGACCCCACCCUGGCUCUGGACAGCGGCUCCAACGCUGAAAACGACGGCUUGGCCGGAGGCCUUGGGCAGAGGGAGCGGAAAAAGAAGAAGAAAAGACCCCCUGGAUACUACAGUUACCUGGAAGAUGUGGCAGACGGCGUGGCGGCCCCGGAGGCGCUGGUGAACGGGCACGCCUCGGCCGCGGGGCUCGGCAGCCUGAGCGCGGAGGACGCGGAGCUGGCCGCGGAGCUGCCCGCGCUGGCCACGCCCAGGACUUGCAGCAGCCCCGCCAGCUCCGUGGACUUCCUGGCCGGAGCUGCGUGUGCCGAGCCCGGCCCCGGCGGCAGGACUGCCGAGGGGUGCCGCCUGGCUCACUCGGAACAGUUGUGCCUCCCCCCGGAGGCCGUCAGAGACAGCCCCCUAAGGACAGCUGGUGCACAGCCUUACGCUGGUACUGAUACUACUGAAACUCUUGGCGUCACUAAUGGACAAACACUUGAAUCCUCUGGUGAGGACACAGCUGCCAACGGGGUAGAAUUGCACACUGUGGAAAGCACUGACUCAGACCAAGCUAAGCCUGAGGAAGCUUCACCUACUACUGAGGCAACGGUCCCGCUUGCAGGAUCGGUCCCUGUUAAUCCGCCUGCAAAAUCGUGGGCUAGUCUUUUUCACAAUUCCAAGCCCUCUGCUUCCACAUCUGUGGUCUAUGUUGAGACUAAGUAUACCCCUCCUGCCACAUCUCCUCUGGUCCCUGAAAAACAGGUUGAAGUCAAAGAGGGACCUGUUCCAGUUUCAGAGGAUCCCGUAGCCAUAAAGAUUGCAGAAAUACUGGAAAAUGUAAGACUAAUACAUAAACCAGUGUCUUUGCAACCCCGAGGGCUGAUCAACAAAGGAAACUGGUGCUACAUCAAUGCUACCCUGCAAGCCUUGGUUGCUUGUCCUCCAAUGUAUCAUUUAAUGAAGUCCAUUCCAAUGUAUUCCAAAUCGCAGAGGCCGUGCACCUCCACACCAAUGCUAGACAGUUUUGUUCGUUUAAUGAAUGAGUUCACUAAUAUGCCUGUACCUCCUAAAGCAAAGCAAGCUUUAGGUGAUAAAAUAGUGAGAGACAUCCGACCAGGAGCUGCCUUUGAACCAACCUACAUUUACAGGCUCUUGACAGUUAUAAAGUCAAGUCUGUCAGAAAAGGGCAGGCAAGAGGAUGCUGAGGAAUACUUGGGAUUUAUCCUCAAUGGACUACAUGAAGAAAUGCUGACCCUCAAGAAACUUCUCUCUCCACAUAAUGAAAAAGUGUCGGUGUCCAAUGGCCCUGAGGCUCAGAGUGUUCCCAGGGAGGAGGAGCAGGAGGAGCAGGGGGAAGGCAGCGAGGACGAGUGGGAGCAGGUGGGACCUCGCAACAAAUCCUCCGUCACUCGCCAGGCUGACUUUGUCCAGACUCCAAUCACUGAUAUUUUUGGUGGUCACAUAAGAUCUGUUGUUUACCAGCAGAGUUCCAAGGAGUCUGCCACGCUGCAGCUCUUCUUCACCCUGCAGCUGGACAUCCAGUCGGACAAGAUCCGCACCGUGCAGGAUGCCUUGGAGAGCUUGGUGGCACGAGAGUCUGUGCAGGGAUACACCACAAAAACCAAGCAAGAGGUGGAGAUCAGUCGAAGGCUCACCUUAGAAAAGCUGCCCCCUGUUCUUGUUCUACACCUCAAACGCUUCGUGUAUGAGAAGACUGGAGGAUGCCAGAAGCUGAUCAAGAAUAUUGAGUACACUGUUGAUCUGGAAAUCAGUAAAGAGCUACUAUCUCCUGGUGUGAAAAGUAAAAUUUCCAAAGGCCAAAGAACCUACCGGCUCUUUGCAGUCGUGUACCACCACGGGAACAGCGCGACGGGCGGGCACUACACGACGGACGUGUUCCAGAUCGGCCUCAACGGGUGGCUGCGCAUCGACGACCAGGCCGUGCGCGUGGUGCACCACUCGCAGGUGGUGAAGGCGGCCCUGGAGCGCACAGCCUACCUCCUGUACUACCGCCAGGUGGACCUGCUGUGACCUGUAAAUGCUCUUCUGAGUGAAUCUUCCCCCCUUUUUGUUCCUUGUUUUUCUUUUGUUUUCUUUUUUUUUUUCCCAUUUUUUCCCCAUUUUUAUUAUUUUUUUUUUUUUGUCCCCUCGCAACUAUGGGAUAGAGCGAUAAAGGAAGCUGCCGUUUGUGCACAACGUAGUUUGUGUUGACUUUUUUUGACUUUGCAGAAUGAAGUGGCUCGGUUGGAAGCCUCGUGAAUCACAAAAAAAAAAAAAAAAAGAAAAAUAUUAGAAAAGAAAUAAAGUUCAUCCGAGUUAAUGCUGAAUCCUAAGAUAAUAAAAAGGGGAUUUGCAUUGAAUUCCCACUUUCUAAUUGCGUAGUAGAAGAAAACCCUGCACCAGCAACAGAACUUGUAGAUUUCUGUGAAAAUGUUUUAUCUUUACUUCAGUAAAAAAAGAAAAAAAAUUUAAAAAAAAAAAAUAAAAGCUCUCUCUGCUUCCCCAAUAGUUUUUUGAUAAGUGGUAAAAUAUGAGCCGAUGUGUAUGAGAUGGAAAUGGUCCUUUGUGCUUCAAAACAUGUACAAACUGCAGAGUUGCUGGUUCCUGAUAGGAAGACACAUUUUAAUAAUUGUGCGAUGAGAAACUGCUUAAGUACACAUUGCAGAUCAAAUAUUUGGAGUUAAGAUGUUAGUCUAUAUAGAUGGGUGAUUGUAACUUUAUUGCUAUUAAGAAAUUUCAAACUGCAUUUAUGCUUCUGUGUACAUGAAAUUAAGAAAAUGGGCAAAAUAAUUAAGAUUGAUAUUUCUUUAAGUCUGCUUUGUUUAAUUUUGCUGUCUGCUCUCCUAUAAUGUUGAGUUCCUAAUUGUACACAGUUUAGUGAUACCUAGAAGUAUAAAGUUGUCGCCCAUCAAUAAAAGUCACAAAGUUGGUUUAA